AUGGCAGACGCAGAGCUAGAGGAGAUCAGGCGAGCUCGCCUUGCGCAACUCCAGCAACAGGGCGGCGGCCCCGGGGGUGGCCCCGGGCCAUCAGAGGGUGGCCAAGAAGACCAAAGGAAACAAGUUGAAGCCGAACGACGCGCCAGUAUUCUAAACCAGAUCCUCGAACCGGAGGCCGCAGAUCGCCUAGGGCGUAUCCGCAUGGUGAAGGAGUCUCGUGCUAUGGAUAUUGAGAACAGACUCAUCAUGCUUGCGCAGACAGGUCAACUACGACAAAAGGUCACAGAAGAACAACUCAAACAGCUUCUUAAUGCUGUGGCGGAGAAUCAGCGCAAGGACGAGGAGGAGCAGAAGAUCGUGAUUACUCGGCGUAAAGGCGGAUGGGAUGAUGACGACGAUCUGCUAGAUCUGUGA